GUCCCUUCCACUUCUCCAUCGAACUUUACCUUCAUAAUUGAUUCCCAAGUUCCAAGUUCCAAAUUCUUUCACAGAAUCUGAGUCAUUGGAGCAGUCUCUACUUCCAUUCUUCUCGGCUUCUGGGUUUAUCAGUUUUUUCUGCCAUCAAACCAUCUCUUAGAACCCUUAACACAGAAGCUUCACUUUCAUCAACGAAAAUGGUUAAAGCUAUUAGAGUUCACGAGCUGGGAGGACAUGAGGUCUUGAAGUGGGAGGAUGUGGAAAUUGGAGAACCAAAAGAAGGUGAGGUUCGUGUGAAGAACAAAGCAAUUGGGGUUAACUUUAUUGAUAUCUACUUUCGAAAAGGAGUAUACAAAGCACCCUCCUUGCCUUUCACUCCAGGUGUGGAGGCUGUUGGUGUUGUGACAGCUGUUGGUCCUGGGCUCACUGAUAGGCAGGUUGGAGAUAUUGUAGCUUGUUCUGGUCGACCACUAGGCUCUUAUGCAGAAGAGCUGAUUAUUCCUGCAAAUAAAAUAGUCCCUGUUCCUCCCUCUAUUGACCCAGUUAUUGGGGCAUCUAUCUUAUCAAAGGGCAUGACAGUUCAGUUUUUACUCCGGCGUUGUUUCAAGGUUGAACCUGGUCACACAAUUCUUGUCCAUGCAGCAGCUGGUGGAGUUGGAUCCCUAUUGUGCCAGUGGGCAAAUGCUCUUGGUGCAACUGUUAUUGGAACUGUAUCAACCGAAGAGAAAGCAGCUCAAGCCAAGGAGGAUGGAUGCCAUCAUGUGAUCAUCUAUACUGAAGAGGAUUUUGUUGCCCGUGUUAAUGAUAUCACUUCAGGCGAUGGAGUUGAUGUAGUUUAUGAUUCUGUUGGAAAGGACACCUUUGAGGGAUCACUGGCAUGCUUAAAGCUCAGAGGAUACAUGGUAAGUUUUGGGCAGUCCUCAGGCACACCUGACCCGGUCCCGUUAUCUGCACUGGCUACAAACUCCGUCUUCUUGACCCGGCCAACCCUAAUGCAUUAUGUCGUAACUCGGGAUGAGCUGCUGGAGGCUUCCGGAGAGGUUUUUGCUAAGGUCGCUUCCGGCUUCUUGAAAGUGAGAGUCAAUCACAAAUACUCAUUAUCUGAGGCAGCCAAAGCUCAUGCAGACCUGGAAAAUAGGAAGACUUCAGGUUCUAUUGUGCUCAUACCAUGAGCCAAUAUGUUGUUGAAGAUCCUGAGUCCAAGUACGGAUGUAGACUCACAUCUCUCUUGGAAGGAAAUAUUGGAUUUGUUGUAUAUAGAUCAUACUUCACAAUUGACUGUGCUUCGUUCUGUUUUUUUUUUUUUUUUUUUUCCUUUGUGAAAAUCAAGCCUAUGUCUUUGAUCUUUCAUAUUUGUGUCAUAUUUGUUGCUGUUUUAAGAGAAGAAAUGGCUAGGAAUAUGGAAGGAUCAAUUCUAGUGCUGGUUUUACAGAUAAUGGCAUCUAAAAAUUCACUUUCAAUGUGCAGUUGCACAAGGUGCUGACUAGAUUAUGUCUAUGUAAUUAUCUAUCAUGGUAGAGUUGAUUUAUUGUGUUUA